CACUGUGCACCUGCAGAGAGGAGGAGGAGGAGGAGGAGUGGAGUUUGGAUGCUCGGUCGAGCUGAUCUGCCGCUUUUCACUCGAACUCAACACAAGUUCUUCGACCGAGUUUCACUGAGGAAGUCGUGGAAUAGCUGGAACAGGAAUGGAGCUUACGAUAGGCCACUUUUGCUGUGUACUGCUGAGCCUCUGUGCAGGUUUGGCGUCUGGUGUGGAGAUAACAUCCUCUGGGCCAACAUCGAUAGAGAAAGCCAGCGGUCAGAGUGUGAAGCUGGACUGCCAGUUCAAUCUGGACUCUGUUGAUACUGGACCGCUGGAUAUUGAAUGGAGCUUGAUCUCCAAUGACAACCAGAAGGAAGACAAAGUGGUGAUCCUGUACGCCGGUGACCGGUCCUACGACGACUACUUUGCCCAAAUGAAGGGUCGAGUCCACUUCAACUCUGCCGACCCUAAGAACGGCGAUGCCUCCAUCAACCUGACAGGGUUAAAGUCGGUGGACUCGGGAACCUACCAGUGUAAGGUGAAGAAGGCUCCGGGUAUCCGCAGCCGGAGGAUGCUGCUGAUCGUCAUGGUGAAGCCAUCCAAGCCCAGGUGCUACGCUGAAGGCCCCACACAGGAAGGCAAAGACAUAGUGCUGAGGUGCAAAUCCAACGAGGGCACCAACCCCCUGCAAUAUAGCUGGGACAAGACCAGCGGCGGCAAGCUGCUGCCCAGCUCCGCCGUGUUGGAUCCAGUGGGAGGCACCGUUAACGUGAGGAACGCAUCUGCCGGCGCAUCUGGCUCCUACCGCUGCAUUGCCAGCAACCGUGUUGGCUCUGAGGAAUGCACACUGUACCUCAACGUGACACCUCCCCCCAACACUGCAGGCAUCAUCGCAGGGGCCAUUAUUGCUGUCCUCCUGUUCCUCAUCAUCAUCGCCAUCAUCCUCUUCUGCUGCUGCCGUGCCCGUCACAGGAAGAAGUACGAGAAGGAGAUCUGCAAUGAAAUAAGAGAGGACGUGCCGCCUCCUAAGAGUCGUGCUUCAACGGCGCGCAGCUUCACCGUGGGCAGCCAGCGCUCCUCCCUGGGCUCCAUGUCGCCCUCCAACCUGCACGAGUACGCCCUGAAGCCCCAGUACGACAAGAUCCCAUCAGAUGAGUACGAGAGGCCUCCCAGCUCGGUCCCUCUGCCCCCACCCACUGCUACCAGGAUGGCAGGCCCCAACCUCAGCCGCAUGGGGGGCAUCCCCGUCAUGAUCCCUGCCCAGAACAGGGACGGCUCUAUUGUCUAGCAUGUCCAAUUCUCCAGGGGGGGCCAUGCGAGGGGAUGGGGACGGAGGAGGGAGUGGGACAUAGCCAAUGAAGACGGAGCAAGAGCUGGGGUGGACUGACUCGCCUGACUUAAGCUCAACAUUGAUUACAAACGGGAGUUUAUCUUCUUAUGAAGACCUGGCUCUGCUGUGGUGCUGAAGAGAGAAAAUUGAGAUUUACUGGAAUCACAACAGAGCACAUUAACUUUUUAUCAAAUAGAAAUACGUAAAAAAAUGAAAGGAAUUUUACUUCCUGGACUUUCUCACUGAAACAUGAAUUAGUGUGGAUUUUAAGCAAAACGGUCAAUAUACAAAUUAUAUUGUACAUAAGUGAAUGCAUGUUUUGUUUUUUUAAAUAUAGAUGGCCCUUGCUGUAGAGAUACUUAGUGUUGAAAUCAGAUUGAGGCCCCUAAUUGUCCCUCUGUACAGCUGUAUGCAUGCACGUAUGUAUAUAACUGCAGCUGUAUGUGUGUGUGAAUAUAAGUGUAUGUUUCUGAAUGGGAGUUUGAGAAAUGUAUUGUUCAUUUAUCGUCUUUUUUUUAAAUAACUCCAUAACAGUAAGAUCAUUUUGUCAGGCAAUCUUUAAGUUUUUGACAUUUUUAAUUCCAUUGGUAAACAGGAUUGUUGACCUUUUAGAGAAAUUGAAGGAUGAAUUUUUAGAAGGAAAAAUAAGUAUAUUUAUGACAGCCAUUUUCUGUUAAACAGUAUGCUGUUUUGAAUUGUCCAGGGUGGUGGGGAGGGGCACACAGGAUUAGCUGUUGGUGAGGGGUAGGUACCACCACAUCUUGUGAUUGGGUGGAUUAUUGCCUCUUGACGAAGCUUAAGAAACAAUAAAAGAGCGCCAUCCCUCCUCCUGAGAUCUUAGAGGAGGUAGUGUAAAGGAGGGGAAUAAGAGGGGCAGCUGGACAACAGGCUACACUGAGCAAUCUGCUUUGAUUGUGUUUGACUGUCAAUAGGCCCUAACCCCUGCCACCACCGCAACAUGUAUCCCACACACACACACACACACACACACACACACACACACACACACACACACACACACACACACACACACACACACACACGAGCAUCAAGUCUUAAUUCAUUAUCUGCAUGAUCAGCCCCCCCCUCCCCCACAUGUCCAGCAUAUGCAAUUCUCAUUUGCAGUUGCAUUACAAGGAGCCGAUAUCGGGAUUAACCUUCUCUCUGUGGUCAAUGUGAAACCUUUCACGGCUUCUGUAGCAUUAAUUGGACUUUAUAAUGAAGGAAGUGAAGCCUGCCGACGUGAAGAAAGUGCCCACAAAGAGGAACAAAUGAGAAAAGCCUUAGAAUGCUGGAUAUUACUGCUCUGCAUUCACUUUACAACCACUUUGGUUUGAGUUCAUUGUGCAGUUCAGCGCUGGAUAAUCCAAACGCUCGUUCAGUCCGUCAGUCAGCGCAAGUUGCCAUAACUCGCAGUUAUUAUCUCAAACCAUGCCCAUUCUUCCAUCGUUUGCUUACAUAUUUUGGAAGCCUAACUUCUCAACUUAAAAAACCAGUAUGGGUACUUGGAUGGGGCAAUCUGUGUUUUAAAUGCCUUGUUUUAUUCUUUAUUGCAGCCUUACACACCUCCCUCAGUUCUGCUCUGCACAGCCCUAACAGCUGGAUUCAGAUAACUUCUAUUGUGCCUUGUUGCCCCAGUUGAGUUGAGCCAUAGCACGCCCGCCUAUAUGCGCUGUGCAGAAGUUUCCUCCGAGUGGCCGUCAUAGCCCACAGUCACUAAAACAAUAUAAUAUUCAGCACACAAUGAGCCUAUUUUUUUAGUUUUCCACAAUCCACCUACUGUUCACAAAUCCCACAUAGCGUAAAGCUUGGAUUCUAUAUUCCUAACAGAACUUCAUGUUAUGUUUAGUUUUAUAACUUUAAGUACAUUUUACGUGCUUCUAAACGACAAACAUUACAUAUAUAAAUAUCCUGUUGGAGUUACCCUAUCUAAUCAUAACACAGUUGAAUGAUAUAAAAACGAUGUUUGUAUGUGAUACUCUGCCGUGCCGUGCUUGGCAAAUCUAUCUAUCUGAAACAAGAGAAGGGUCAGUGUGGGUCUUGACAGUACAGUAUGAAUGCUCCUUAGUAUGAGUGAGUGACCUCUACGUUUUUUUGUGUAUAUUCUGGGAUCUAAGGGGAGCUGACAGUUGUAGAAACAUCUUGGCACUGGUACUUCCCGGUAGAUUUGUUGUCACACCUAUUUUCUAACACCAAGGAAAGUGAGACCCGGGCCUGCCCAGACAAAGAAACUACAUCGGUCAGUUUCUCUUUUACACUAAUGUGUGUGUGAUAGCAAGUGAAUUGUACAUGAAGGAGUUUGUUGUCAGGAUGGGCCCCUGUAAAAUGUAGUUAGGCUUUCACCUGCUGACAAACUGUACUGAGUUGUUAGGGCGAUGGUCCUGUUACUGUCCCCUAUGUGCUCACAUUAACUACUAACAAUAUAAACUGUAGCUUUGAAAUCAGAGUACUAAUAUUGUAUGAAGAUCUCCUUUGAGGUUUGCACACCGUGUGGAAACCAUUUUUUUUCUUUUCUGUGUGUAUUUUUUGUGCUGUAUUUUUGAAUAAUAAAAGUCCUUGAAAUUAAGAAA